AUGCUUCCAUACGCGUUGGUUACCGAGCCCAUACACAUAUACAUAGAGUGCAUUGAUUUCAAGAAUCCUUUCGUAACACAGAAUCGGUCUCCAUACCCAAUAUACGAUGCGCACGACCACAAAACCCUGGAUGAACUGCAAGCAGCCUUCAAGCACUUACAACCAGGAGAGAAGUUAGCAGAGGAAACAGUCACAACCGUUGGCAGGAUAAGCACGCGGAGGGACGGGGGCAAGAAUCUGUUCUUUUUGGACUUGCAGCAAGAUGGCCACUCAUACCAAGCAGUCGUGAACCGGAAAAAUAUGACUAGAGCGGACGAUUUCAAUUUGUUUUGGGAUUUGUUGGGACGCGGCGAUGUGGUGAAGGUAGACGGCGUACCGGGGCGAUCGCCUAAGGGCGAGUUGAGUGUGUACGCUGCCAGCAUCGAAGUAUUGUCGCCGUGCCUGCACCACCUCCCACUUUCCGGCACACUGAAGGAUACCGGGAUCAGGUUCAGACAACGGUACCUGGAUAUGAUGGUCAAUCCACAGACAAUACAAAGCAUCAAAGUUAGGAGUAAGAUGCUCAGGUAUCUCCGAGAUUAUCUCGACCGCCAUCGUUUCAUCGAAGUUGAAACGCCAAUUCUCAACGAUGUUGCUGGAGGUGCCAAUGCGCGACCCUUUAUAACAGAGGCGGACAGUGGUGCGAAUAAACAGCCUUACAAACUCCGGAUUGCACCCGAAUUGUAUCUCAAACAAUUGGUAAUUGGAGGCCUGGACAGAGUGUACGAGAUUGGGAAGGUAUUUCGCAAUGAAGGAGUGGACAGCACGCACCAACCGGAGUUCACUACACUCGAGUUUUACGAAGCGUACGGAGACUUUGAAACACUCAUCUCGCGCACACAAGACAUAAUCAGCGGACUUGUGGAGAACAUUACGGGCACGCUGAGGCCGAACUUGACACUUCAUGCGUCGCAAUCUCAGCUAGAGGAUGACGUUAAGCAAGAAAUCAACUUCGGCAAACCGUACAAUCGUAUUGAGGUGAUGUCGGAGCUACAGAAGCAUUUGGGACCAAUUGACCUCGAUAGUCCAGAUUUGCUCGAGCGCUUAAUGAAUUUUUGCGAGGAGCACGGCAUCCAGUCCCAUCUCACCUCAACGCGAUCACACGCCACCGAAGCGAAUCUGAUAGACAAACUCAUUGGCCACUUUAUCGAGCCACAGUGUGUGAAUCCAACUUUUAUCAUAUACCAUCCUAAGAUACAGUCACCGCUCGCCAAAGAACGGCCGGAAGAGCCCAACACAUGCUACCGCUUCGAACUGUUUGUGCGCGGACAAGAAAUCUGCAACGCUUACGUCGAAUUGAAUAACCCUGUGGAACAGCGCCAGCGGUUUAAAGCCCAAGAGAAGGAUUUCAAUUUCGGCGAUAGUGAGGCGCAACUACCUGACGAGGGGUUCUGCACCGCACUCGAGUACGGCUUGCCACCCACUACAGGGUGGGGCAUGGGUCUGGAUAGGAUGCUGAUGUUGUUGACCAACAAUACGCAAAUACGAGAGGUUCAGACCUUCCCGCAGAUGAAAGAAGACAAGUUGCUGUGGGAGAUGCCGACACACUCUAUAGCAAAGGAUGAGAAGAACAACAAUGCGGACGACUGGGCUAGCAGAACGGCACAACCGCCGCCAGGAGAUCAGCAUGGUCACCAAUACCACACACAGCACCAGCACCACCUCAGACACACCACCGAGCGACACGAUUUCAAUCCGAUUGUAUAGGCUAUAAGGCGCGUUGCACUAGACAGCUAGAUUGAGUAGAGCCACUAGCAGCUGAGCACGUGGGAUAAAGUGCAUUCCAUAUGGAUUAAAUAUGCACGCUUCCAGUAUUCGAUAUUCUAGACACAGAGCAGUUUACGUGACGACGAAAUAGCUUCGUUUAACCGCAGGGUAGAAGUCCCGGCGUCAAACCGAACAGAAAUAUAAACUCUCACAAAGUAAUGAGUCCGAAAUUGCAGAAAUCAG